CCCCCAUUCACCACCACCAUCACCACACCACACAGCUCGCUCACCACAAUCUCAACAGCCAUCGGAAUCAACAGCAGCAGCAGCGGAGCGAUCUCAUCGACCAACUCUCUUCCAAGUUUCGAUUCAACGGACAUGGGGAUGCCGGCGGUGAGGAGGAGGGAGAGGGACGCGGAGGCGGAGCUCAACCUGCCGCCGGGCUUCCGCUUCCACCCCACCGACGACGAGCUCGUGGAGCACUACCUGUGCCGCAAGGCGGCCGGCCAGCGCCUGCCCGUGCCCAUCAUCGCCGAGGUCGACCUCUACCGCUUCGACCCGUGGGCGCUCCCCGACCGCGCCCUCUUCGGCACCCGCGAGUGGUACUUCUUCACCCCGCGCGACCGCAAGUACCCCAACGGCUCCCGCCCCAACCGCGCCGCCGGCAACGGAUACUGGAAGGCCACCGGCGCCGACAAGCCCGUCGCGCCCCGCGGUGGGAGGACCAUGGGGAUCAAGAAGGCCCUGGUGUUUUACGCCGGCAAGGCGCCCAAGGGGGUUAAGACCGACUGGAUCAUGCAUGAGUACCGCCUCGCCGACGCCGGCCGCGCCGCCGCCAGCAAGAAGGGCUCGCUCAGGCUGGACGACUGGGUGCUCUGCCGGCUCUACAACAAGAAGAACGAGUGGGAGAAGAUGCAGCUCCAGCAGCAGGGGGGAGAGGAGAUGAUGGUGGAGCCCAAGGAGGAGCACGCCGCGUCGGACAUGGUGGUCACCUCGCACUCGCACUCGCACUCGCAGUCCCAGUCGCACUCGCACUCGUGGGGCGAGGCGCGCACGCCGGAGUCGGAGAUCGUCGACAACGACCCGUCGCUGUUCCAGCAGGCGGCGGCGUUCCAGGCCCAGAGCCCCGCCGCCGCCGCGGCGCAUCAGGAGAUGAUGGCCACGCUGAUGGUGCCCAAGAAGGAGGCGGCGGACGAGGCCGGCAGGAACGACCUGUUCGUGGACCUCAGCUACGACGACAUCCAGAGCAUGUACAACGGCCUCGACAUGAUGCCGCCAGGGGACGAUCUGCUCUACUCGUCCCUCUUCGCCUCCCCCCGCGUCCGGGGGAGCCAGCCCGGCGCCGGCGGCAUGCCGGCCCCGUUCUAAGCAGAGCCAAGACAGAGACCGUCAGAUACCGAGAUCGACAGAAGUGGAACGGAUGACUUCUUCGCCGCGAGCGAGCGAGAUCGCGGCGCAGUGUAAAUACAGCAUAGGAAACGGGAGGGAGGUCGCGUCGUCGUGUCGAGAGAGCCGGCGUGGCGCGGGCGCCGGCGCCGGGGCGUGCCGUUGUACAUGGAGAGCCCGGUGCCGGGGCCUGGCCGGCUGGGUUGAUUCUUUUGUUUUUACUACUUUGUACUCUCAAUGCGGAUGUAGCUCUUUCUUCUCACUCCUCAGCAGUAGAAUCGACCGACCAAAUACAUAUGUAGCUCUGUUUCUUCAGUAGAAAUCAACCAAAUUUUGCUGUUA